AACCAAUCAACCCUUUCUAUCCGGCAAAACUUCCCGGACUUCCGAUCCCAACUGCCUUUCUAUAUAUACCCUCAUUCACUACAUUCAAUUCCCACGUACAAUUAAUGGCAAAGAGAAAGAACAAAGGUCUAACGUUGUUGUUGUCGGAGAGAAGUAUGCAUAGCGGCGGCCAUGUACGUUCAAGGUCAUGCGCUCUACCGCACUUCCACCACCACGAAUUUCCGGCAGGAAACAAAGACGAUUCAUCGUCGCCUAGUAGCGGCACCAACUCCUUAACCUCAAGCCCGUCCCGCAGUUUCAAUCACAGCAACGGAAACGGAAACGGAAACUUCUCCGGCGGCAGUCCUAACAGCGACGAGUACUCCCCCGGCGGGAACCUCUCCAUCGGCUCCCCAUACGUCAGGUCCCCGUGGGUCCACCACCGCCAGCGUGUCCGCUCGCCCCGCUCGCCCGGCGACGAAACCAAUGAGAAUUAUUCCCGCCGCAAAACACGCAACGGCCUCAUCGGAUCACUUGUCCGAGAAGAAGGUCAUGUUUAUUCCUUAGCUGCCGCCGGCGACCUGUUAUAUACCGGGUCGGAUAGCAAGAACAUCCGGGUUUGGAAAAACUCGAAGGAAUAUGCCGGAUUCAAGUCUAGCAGCGGGCUGGUUAAAGCCAUUGUUGUGUUGGGUGACAAGAUUUUCACCGGCCACCAAGACGGCAAGAUCAGAAUCUGGAAAUUCUUGGGAGAUGAGAAGAAAGCGUAUAAGCGGCAUGGGAGUUUACCCACCACUAAAGAUUACUUCAAGACCGCCAUUAACCCCAAAGCUUACGUUGAAGUUAAACCAAAGAAGAACGUUCCAUGGCUGAAGCAUUACGACGCCGUUUCCUGCAUGAGCUUGGAUGAAGAACGGGGUUUACUGUACUCCGGUUCUUGGGAUAAAACGCUGAAAGUCUGGAGACUAUCCGAUUCCAAAUGCAUCGAAUCCAUCACCGCCCACGACGACGCGAUAAACGCGGUGGCGGUCGGGUUCGACGGCCUGGUUUUCACGGGCUCCGCCGACGGGACGGUGAAAGCGUGGCGGAGGGAAAUGGUGGGCCCGACCACGACCAAGCACGUGCUGGUGGACACGUUGUUGAAGCAGGACAAUGCGGUGACGUCGCUGGCGGUCAACGCCGCCGCGGCGACGGUUUACGCCGGGUCGUCCGACGGGCUGGUUAACUUCUGGGAGCUGGAGAAGAAUGACAUGGUGUUCGGAGGAGUGCUCCGGGGCCACAAACUCGCCGUGCUCUGCCUCGCCGCCGCCGGGAGCCUGGUGCUGAGCGGAUCGGCGGACAAGAGUAUCUGCGUCUGGAGGAGAGAGGACGGUGGGAUCCACACGUGCGUCUCGGUGCUGACGGGUCACAGCGGCCCAGUCAAAUGCUUGGCCGUGGAAGAGGAUCACGGCGGCGACGAUGAUGACAACUACGAUGAUCAGCCGUUGAAAAGAGGUGAUCGACGGUGGAGAGUGUACAGUGGAAGUCUAGACAAGUCGGUGAAGAUUUGGAGGCUGCCGGAACACGCACCGGAUUAUUAGAAAGUUUAUAUAUGUAUGUGAGUUUUUGCAUUUGAAUUUUUGGUUUUAAUCGCCUGAAAAAUAACUGUAAAACCCAACAUAACAGUUGUUUUUGGUUGUUUUGGGUUUGUAACUACUGCUGGUUGUUAGUAACGGUAAAAACUAAUAAACCAGUCAAAUAUUAGCCGUUUAUGUAUAAUGUAUGCAAAUUUAAAUCAAAGUUAUAGUGGAUUGUCUGUAA